GCCGCGGUCAGUUGCCACAUUGCGCCCGAAUAGCGCCGAGUAAAGAUAAAUAAUGUUGUAAUAUAAACUAUUCACGGUGUAUGUACUGUUCUAAUACAAAUGUUCUGGAUGCCAUUCGGCAUUUAAAUUAAGUGUAUUUAUAUUUACAAUACAACAAACUAAUAUUAAACUUAAAUGUAUACUAAAAAAUAAAAAUGAUAGUCAAUCAAAUGUAAAAGUUUUAAGUGCGGUUUUUAAAAUCAGUGAUUUUAAAUCGAGUUUUAAUAAGUUUUUAAAUUAAUAAGACAUUAAUAAGUUGUUUGUUUAUUUUAUUUAAAAUAUGUAUUCAGACGGGCACGAAGUAGACGGCAGUUGGGUACUGCGCGUCUACGUUACGGAUUUACAGGUCGAGAGAAAUCUUCGCGUCAAAGGAGAGCUUCAUAUUGGCGGUGUCAUGCUUCGUCUUGUUGAAGAUCUUGAUAUUGCGAUGGACUGGUCAGAUCAUGCACUUUGGUGGCCCAAAAGAAAUCACUGGCUCACAAGAACAAGAAGCACUUUGGAUCAGUAUGGAGUUGCAGCCGAUGCUCUUUUACAUUUUACACCAAUGCACAAAACACUUCGUGUACAAUUGCCAGACAUGCGUUAUCUUGAUUGUCGAGUUGAUUUUUCCGUAAAGACUUUUAAUGCUGUUAUAAAUCUUUGUAAAGAACUAGGAAUUAGACAUCCAGAGGAGCUAUCAUUUUGUAAACCCCUUGAGCCUAAUCACUUGAAGUACAACUUAAAAGAUCUGCCAGCAAAAAAGAAGAUAGAAAAUCAAAAGAACGGGCAUUGGAACGUGCCAGCGGAUACAAACACUUUUAUCCCAGUCAGUCAAAGUCCACAAGGAUCGAAUGGAAGUUUAGAUCAGAGCAGUCCUUUUAUGUGCGCUCCAGUCACCCCGAACAAUAGGAAUCACAGCACGCCCAUCAGUUCUCCAGUUUCACAUACGGGUACAUGGAAGAGAAAUAAUAACUCGUCAGGAUUUGGGAGUACCGGUUCAUUCAAUGCAAACAAUAGUACAAUGAGUUUAGAGGCAUUAAAUGGUGGCAUGACCGAAUCAUUGGCUCAAAGCCCAUCCGCGGCAUCACCAGACGUUCAUGCCAAACUAAUAAAACCGAAAAAUCUUGUCGAACGUGCACGAAUGAACGUAGCAUGGCUCGACUCAUCUCUCUCAAUAAUGGAACAAGGCAUUAGAGAAUAUGAUAUUCUCAGACUUAAAUUUAAAUUUUAUUCAUUUUAUGACUUAAAUCCUAAAACUGAUGCUGUUAGAAUAAACAUGAUUUACGAACAAGCUAAAUGGCAGCUUCUUGCCGAAGAAAUCGAUUGUACUGAAGAAGAAAUGCUUAUGUUCGCUGCCCUACAGGUACAAGUGAAUCUCCAGGCAAGUAUGCCACAGCCAAGUUACGAGAGCAAUGGAUCACCCUCACUGAUAGAAGAUGAUAUUGAUGCAGCACUAACGGAUUUACAAGUUAGUCUUGAAGGUAGCAGUAUCAGUAAUGGAACCAGCGAUAUUACUCAAGUACCAGAGCUCUGUGAUUAUCUUCGGUUCUUCAAACCAAAACGUUUUACGCUCAAGGCAUUUAAACGUUACUGGUUCACAUGCCGAGAUCUACAGCUACGAUUAUAUAAAACACGAGAAGAGAGCAACAGUUCUGAAGCACCAGCUUAUAUUAUUAAUUUACGUGGAUGUGAAGUCACACCUGACGUUCAUCUCUCUCAAGGCCGUUAUGGGAUUAGAUUGGAAGUGCCCAGCGCUGAUGGAAUGACGGAAAUGUGGAUUAGAUGUGAUACGGAACAACAAUAUGCUAAGUGGAUGGCUGCUUGUCGAUUGGCUGCCAAAGGCCGAUCAUUAGCAGACUCAUCAUAUGAAAGUGAAGUAAAUAGUAUCACUGCUUUCUUACAAUUACAAAGACCAGCUCCAGCACCUGCGAUUAGUCCUACUUCACUUAAUAUUACACCAGAAGAUUACGUAGCGCCCAGAUACUCUAAGAAACUUAGAGGAAAACUGGUACAAAGAAUCUUAGAAGCUCAUGCAAAUGUUAAAGAUCUUCCAUUGAUUGAAGCUAAAUUAAAUUACAUAAAAGCAUGGCAAUCACUGCCUGAAUAUGGUAUAUCAUUAUUUAUUGUACGAUUUACUGGUAAAAAUAAAGACGAAUUACUGGGAAUCGCUAAUAAUCGACUGAUGCGUAUGGAUUUGCACAGCGGGGAUCAUUUAAAAACAUGGAGAUACAAUACAAUGAAGGCGUGGAAUGUUAAUUGGGAAGUAAAACACAUGAUGGUACAAUUCGAAGAAGAGAACAUUAUUUUUGAAUGUCAAUCAGCGGAUUGCAAAGUCGUACAUGAAUUUAUUGGAGGCUAUAUAUUUUUGUCGAUGCGUUCCAAAGAAGCUAAUCAAACGUUAAAUGAAGAAAUGUUUCAUAAAUUAACCGGUGGUUGGGUUUAAAAGUAAUAAAAAAUAAAAUAAAAUAAUAAUUAAUAUCUGACAUUUAAUAAAAAUGAUAAUAACUAAAAGUAAAUAUAAAAUAAAAGAUAAUAAUAUUUAAUAAAAUAAUUGUUGGAUAGUAAAAUUAACUACGAAAAGAUAACGUGUUUGUUAUGUAACAUAGAAAAAAGUUAUUACUUACGAAAUAUUUUAAAACAUAUACAUGAGUGCCUAGUGACUUGUUAUUGUAAAAAUAAUAUACAAUAUAUAAUUUUAUAUAAUUAUAAAUAUAUAGAUAUCUAUUGAUAAUUAAUUAUUAAUCGAAGAUAAUGUGCAACAUGAAGUAAUCAAACCAAAAUUGAUUUAUAUAAGACCGCGAAAAAAUUUGAAUUUUAAUUCAUCAUUUUAAUUGGCGGUUUUUUUUAAAUAUUUUAAAUGCUAUAUUUAUAUACAAGAUUUUAAUCUAGACGUUUAGAAUUUUUACAACUAAUUUUAUUAUAUUAAUAUCUAAUUAUUAUUAUUUUUUAUAACUAUUAAUUAUCACUGUCAUUUUUUUUUUUUUUAAUUGAAUAUUGCUUUUUAUUUUACUGCUAGGUGCCACUCUACAAGCAUUCAAUAAUUAAACCCUUGGAUUUUUAAAUAAUAAAAUUUAAUUAAUUAAUUACCUGUGUAAAAAAAAUUUGUUUGUUCAUAAUGAAUUUAGAUCUGACUUUCAUCACGAAACUCAGAUUGUGACACAAAUAUAACUUUUAUCAUGAAUUUGUUCCGACUUUUCGUCUAGUAAAUCCGUAUCAAUUUUAAAAUUAAUUUAUUACGUCUUUGAAUUGGACUUGGGAUGACUUCGAUAGAAACUUGACUGAAUUUUUACUAUACUAAAUAUUUUGUCAUUCAUCAUCAUUUCAUCAACAUUCAUCGAUUCAGAAAUUACCAAUAAAUUUUUUUUAUCAAGUACUUAGUUUACGUAAAUCAAUUUCGAUUGUAAAAUUAAUUUAGUGAAUGAACUUGGGUCACUUGGAUAAAAAUUUGAGUCAUUAUUUUGUUGUGACAAGUUGUUGAUACAAAUUUAUGAUGAAAGUCAUAUUUGUAUCACGAUCUGAGUUUCAUGAUGCAAUUUAAGUCUAAAUUCAUUAUGAAUAAAAAUUUUUUUACACGCAUUUAUAAAUAUUCAUAAUUAUGAAAUCGAUAAAAGUUUUAGAAAAGUAAACAAAAAAUUUGAAAAAAAUAUCUGAGGGUUAAUUGAUAAAUUAUUUAAUGAAUUUUUGUAAAUUAUUUGUCUAGUUUAUUUUUUACAACUGAGCAAAAAAAAAAUUUUAAUUGUGUUUCGUUUUCACUGUCAUAUUAAUAGAUGUACAUUAAUUAAAUAAAAUAUAAAAAUCUAGUUUUGUAAAUUAAUAGAUUAUAGUUUGUAUAUUAAAAAAAAAGAUAUAUAUAAAUAUAUAUUUAAAUUAAUAUCUGCGUUAGCUAACGUCGUUAAAAAAUAUAAUAUUAUUGAUUAAAAUAAUAUAUUUUAUAUGUAAGAAGCUUUAUUGAAUACUGUAAUAAAUAAUCC